AUGUUCCGCACUGCCUUUGCCCGCCGUGCUGCGCCAGCCGCACGCCGCCUUUACUCGACCCCCGUCGGCGCCUCGGGCGAGACCGCGUUCGUCCGCGAGCGCCGCGCCGUCAAGGAGCACGCCGGUGCCUCUGCUGAGCUCUGGCGCAAGAUCUCCAUCUACGGCACCAUCCCCUGCCUCAUUGGCGCCGGCAUCAACGCCUACUUCCUGUGGAACGACCACUGGAACCACUGGAACCACAUGCCCCCUCUGGAGGAGCGCACCGAGUACUCGUACCAGAACAUCCGCACCCGGAACUUCCCCUGGGGUGACGGCGACAAGACCAUCUUCUGGAACCCCCAGGUCAACUACCACAACAAGGACAAGCUCGCUUAA